GCGGCGCCGUGAGUGUGGGGCGGAAGCGCCCGGCCUCGUUCGUCCCGCCCGAUUGCAGGCGACGAGGAUGAGCCAAAGAGACACCUUGGUGCAUCUCUUUGCCGGCGGAUGUGGAGGUACUGUUGGUGCAAUUCUGACAUGUCCGCUGGAAGUUGUAAAAACACGACUGCAGUCCUCCUCUGUGACUCUCUACAUCUCUGAAGUUCAUCUCAACACUGUGAGUGGUGCUACCGUCAACCGAGUAACCAGAGUUUCUCCUGGACCUCUCCAUUGUCUGAAGAUGAUCUUGCAAAAUGAAGGCCCUCGUUCUUUGUUCAGAGGGCUGGGUCCUAAUUUAGUUGGCGUUGCUCCUUCCAGAGCAAUAUAUUUUGCUGCUUACUCAAAUUGCAAGGAAAAGCUGAACAGUAUUUUCAAUCCAGAUUCUACCCAGGUACACAUGAUUUCAGCUGGUGUGGCAGGCUUUACUGCGAUCACAACAACUAAUCCCAUUUGGUUGGUAAAGACACGGUUGCAGCUUGAUGCGAGGAAUCGUGGAGAAAAGCGAAUGAGCGCUUUUGAGUGUGUCCGCAAAGUUUAUCGCUUGGAUGGUUUUAAAGGUUUUUACCGGGGAAUGUCUGCAUCCUACGCUGGCAUAUCUGAGACUGUUAUUCACUUUGUCAUUUAUGAGAGUAUUAAGAAAAAAUUACUGGAAUAUAAGACUGCUUCUGCCAUGGGCAAUGAGGAUGAAUCAGCAAAAGAAGCAUCGGACUUUGUUCGAAUGAUGAUGGCUGCUGCCACUUCCAAAACAUGUGCAACAUCAAUAGCGUAUCCCCAUGAGGUUGUACGAACAAGACUAAGAGAAGAGGGAACAAAAUACAGAUCUUUCUUCCAGACACUCUCUUUGCUUGUGCGAGAGGAAGGGUAUGGCUCCCUCUACCGAGGUUUAACUACACACCUGAUCAGACAGAUUCCAAACACGGCUAUCAUGAUGUCCACCUAUGAAGUUGUAGUCUACUUACUUGAUGGAUAGCAGUGUGACAAAGUGGAAGAAGGUGGAAGAUAGAAAGACUGGAGUGGACCACUGAAUGUCAAUGCCAAUGUGGUGGGCAAAAGGAACGUUUUAUCAGGAACAAGCAGCUGUGGAUAAAACAGAAGGUUGAUUGUGGGCAACUCUGAAUAAUUUUGCUGCCUUUAUUGUGUGGUCUCAUGUCAAUGUGACAAAUGGGAACUGCCCCUUAGGGAAUGCCUUCAUACAUCUCUUAAUUCAGAAUUAUUCUUUUCAUCUGUUAAUCUAGACACAGCCAUUGAGUCAUCUUCAGAGACCUGAUGGGUGAGGGAAGGGACAUGAAAUAUGGUCCUGGGCAGUCCAUUACCUCUUUGUGAUUGCUCUCAACUACAUAAUUUUUGUUCUGUUUUACUGCACAGUAACCUGUUGGAGGAAUGGGCAAGACAGUACUUUGAUAGCUUUCUAUACCUGAAACUUCUGUUUAGUUGCUCUGAAGAUUCAAAAGGAGACUGAGGUAGUGGUAAGUGUGUAAAGUUUUCCAUAUUGCUACCUCAAGAAAAAAUAUGGUGCAGGGACCCAGAACAGUUAUUACUUCACUACAAAAGGUGAUACCUGUUGUAGCUUUUUGGUUUUGAUUGUUUUAGGUUUUUUUUUUUUCCCUUGACAUUUGAGCAGUGUUGUAGGUUAGUGAGAGAGGGUCUGAUUGUUCAGUUCUUAUCAGUCUGUUAAUGUUGGUAUAUGUGGACUUCUGGUCCUGCUGCAUCAUCCUCCUUUUCUGGAACUUUUCUUAAGUAAGAGAGGCCUAUGAAACAUUGUCCUGUAUCAUCAGUUUUCCUUGCCAACCUGUUUAAGGAAGAAGUUGCUGAAUGCUACUUUAUAGCCUUUUUAAGAUUUGUGAUGAGAAAUCUCAACUAGUCCAGCCUCCCAUUUGUGAAGACAGGAUUCACUCAGAUAGUUUCAUGCUGCCUAAGCACAAGCUGUAUUACCCCUUAAAUAUCUGGCAAAUCCUGCCUGGAUUACCAGUAUUUAUAUGGGAGUACUGGGUGAAAACACAUAUCACUGUGGCUAGAGUAAACAGAAAGCAGAAACCAGUUGAAGUUAUGAUAGAUCCUGUCAGUGCAGACAGGCUCUGUGCAGAAGGAUGGAGAAACUGUAAAUGAUACUUUCUUGAAAGCAUUCCCGCUGAUAAUUGCUUUAUCACUUCUGUCAUCUUGAGCCUGUGUACUGAGCUAUAAUGUUGUCCUCCACAUUGUCUGAUUAUUCAGGCAUUGGUUUUGUUCUGUAAGCCAAUUGCAAAAUAAUGCCUUUUAUUCAGCAGUGAGGCUUAGCUGGUUUAUUCCAUCAUAAUUUACAGAUUUUUCCAAAAUCAUACAACUGGAGUGUCAAGCAGUUUAAUGUUAGAGGAAGUUUUACAGCUUUCCAGGCAAGUAUCUUCUCAGUCUGCAUCCAUUAUCCUUGUGACAAAGAUGAUCAUUUAUAAAUUGAGGUCAAUAGCUUUCUCCACCAUAUAAAUGCUGCUACACUGGCAUGGACAGAAAUGUGCUCUCAGCUCUUCCAGUGUGGUACUUCAGUACACUUGAACUGUGCAUCAUGUGCAAUGGCUUUAUUUUAAGAAUGACUUCUUAUGCACUUUGUGGCCUUCUUAGGGCUUAUGACUUUUCUUCCUCUUACUGAUUAUCUGGAAUCAAACCAUGUUUGAAACAUGCAGUUUGGUUUUAAACAAAGCAGGUGGUUUGAUUUCUGUGGAAGCUGUGCAGGAGUUUAUGCUGUAAAUCCAUAGCAUCUCUGUGACAGUAGUUCUGUAGGUCUAUACAAAAUCCCAAAGUUUGCAGAACAAUCAGUCUGUGUUUUUCUCAUUUGCUGUCCUUUAUUUUGACCCUUGUCAUGUUCUCCACACAGUGUCAAAGUAUUUGAGUAUUUCAUGUAAUUUUCUGUAUUAAUUUGUCAUCCUCUAAAAGCUACCUACAGUAAGUAUAUCAACCUUGCAGUGCUGUAUUGACUUCCGUGCUUGGAAAAUGUUCCUUUUUUAAAGACAUAGCAUGGUGUGAGGGGUGACCACAGUAAACUUGAUUGUCUCAAAGAAGUGAAAGGAGUGCUUAAAUGUGUUUUAAAGUGGGUUGUUUCUAGUGAUCUCUAGGAAAAGCCUGGAGUAUUUAUGACUGACCUAAGCCUUGAUGUGAUGCUUUUGUUCAGGUAAAUAAAUGCAGGAACAGUGACUUACUGUAAUUUUUGUGAGGUAGAAAGUGGGUCACUUUCAGGUUAUCUAGAGUAUUCAGUCAUAGCCAAAACUUAAAUUGGCGAAGACCUUACUCAGCUUUGGAGUUCAUGAAUACAGUUAACACUUGGAGUUAGCCUAGGCUUCAUGAGAGUUUGUCUCCUCAGUUUGGAUACAUUGUCCCCUGUUUGUCUCCCAUUCCUGGGUAUUCCCUGGGAACUGUGUGUGUGCCUUCUCUGGGGAAGAGCAGAGCCCCUGGAGCUGAUAAGUAGGACAUGUUAACAAGUACAUUUGAAUAUGGGAGAUAAUAGCUAAAAGCAGACAAUCAGCUUAUUACUCCACCUAUUUAAAAGGUAUUCCAGCUUUCUUUUAAACUUCAGGGGUGAUCAUUUUGGCUUCCUUUGCAUAACCAAACGUAACCCCAAAAUUUAUUGGGAUUUUUUCAUUAUUUUUAAACUACAUGAACCUGCAAAAUUACCUCUGAUGUAUUUCCCAAAGAUCUUUAUUUAUGUUGUUUUCUUGAUAUUUAUUAUAAAAACUCAAGGGGAAUAACAAGAUGCUUCAUUCAAUAAUAUCUUUAACUACAGAGCUGAAAGCAGUGCAUUUAAAUUUGGUCAUCUUGAUUUGUAUUUGGAUGUCAUGUAUUUAUGUCCCACUUGUGUGUGCUAGAGGAAAGGAUGUGUGAAGAACUCGAAGCAAUGAAUUAGUUCCUCAUUUCCGUGGCUGCGCUGGGAGCCGAGGUCGGUGCGCGGCGGGUUUGGGGCCGGCAGGUGGCGCGCCCUCCGCGGGAGUCCCGCCAGGGAAAAGCCAUGGAAGACUGGGCCCGGGAAUGCCGUCCCUGCGCCCCUCCUAGCCCUGCAGGGCUGGGUGGCAGCAGGCGAGUGGGGCACGGGGAGAGCCGCUGUGUCUGGCCCACUUUCUGCUCUGCGUGGUUGGAAGUGGGCUUACACGAGGGAGCUGUGGAAUUUUUUGGUUGUUUUAGUUGUAACUGAGACAUGCCUGUCUACUUAUCCAUUAACACUGCCCCUUUCUCUGUUUACAUAAUGCACUCCUCAUCAUCCCUUGCUGAUUGAGGUGUUAAUGACAGCGGAUUGUUUGUUUGUUAUUGACAGUUUCUGCUAGUCUGUUUUUCUUAUGACAUCUGUAACAUUCCUCAGACUGCAACAUCAUAAGAGAAUGCUUCCAGAGACAAGAGUGGAGAGCCUUUAUAAAUGUUGCUUCCUGUUUAAACUGUUCAGAUUUGGAAAACAAGCUGAAUGCUGAAGUGUGCCUAGGUAAAUGUACUACUUUUUUCAAUUUCCUGUCUGUUAAGACUGAGUUAUAUAAGUUUUUCAGUUCUUCUAUUUAAGAGUCUGCCUACCCUGCAUAUGUGAACAUAACUAUGCUCUCAGAGUCAUAGCUAAACACUCACAGAUGACAGAUUGAGAAUACUUCAGUACUCAUGUGAGGUUUGCUAUUAUUCUUGCAUACAUGUAGUUGGCUGUAAACUAUGUGCAUUUACUCUGUAUUUAUAUAGUUAACUUUUUGUUUGGAUUGCUUUAAACUUCAAAGCAAAUUAAAAUUAUGUGCUUCUAUUCAAAUGUUGCCUGCUGUGCUAAGCUGUACACUGUUUUUAACCUUUUAAUUUUCCUAUUAUUGAUACAUACCAGUGCCUGCACAGUUGUGAUUAAAAAUGAAAAAUUCAUUAACCCAGUGAAUCAUUUCAUCUUGUGCCCUUUUAUAGUAGCAGAAAAUAAGGUGUGUGUAUUGUACCUUUAAUAUUUCCUUUUUGGAGGGAUUCAUGGAUGACUUAAACCAGCAGUAUGUAUUGGUGCAGUCGGAUUUGAACACAGUUACCUCUACGGAAUCGAGUGCUCCUGUCAACUGAGAUCCAGGAGCUGGUCACCACAAAACUCAUGUCCAUUUGAAGUGCUAGCUAGCACAAGCCACUGCUGACAAAACUGAAGGGCCAUAAUUCCUUAAAAUGCUCAGAGUUAAUUGCAUGUGAGGGUUAUAACCAAGUCCUUGAACCUGACACAUUGUUAGAUAUUGAUACUGUUUUUCUUAUGAUGGCUGGUGUUUGAUCUGAAGUCUGUCCUGAGCUCCCCACAAAUCAUUCUGCAAAGGCGUACAUGGGGCUUGUUUGGUGACUGCUGUUUUUCCCCCUCACCGUGUCUUCGGGAACUGAAUCUUUGCAGGUUCUAUGUAUCUGAUUUGAUUCUUUCAGCUGAUCAAAACUACUUCAACACUUGCAUUAAAUGAGCACAUCUGUGAUAGCUUUUUUCUUUCAGUAUGUGUUGCUGUGAAUUGCCCUACCUUGCCACACCUUCUAGCUCCCAGGCCAGCCAGGCUUAGAGGUAAUCAGUCCUCUGGAACCAGUACAGGCAAACAGUGUGCUUAUCCCUGACACAUCUGAAAUUACGUCUCUAACUGGCAUAGCUGUAAUUGUGUGUAAUUGAUCUUUCACUUCUACCCUGCAAAGGAGGCACUUUGGCAGGGCAGAGCUCAGGGUAAGUCUGUGAGGGUGUUUUGAAGUUCAUUCUGCUUUACAACCCCUUCUGCUAAUGGGGUUGUGUUGAGCUUGGUCAAAAAGGUUGUGUGUGAAAUGAAGGUACAUUCAAAGUGCUAAUUGGUUAUGACUUGGAAUUAAUGCAGCAGUGCAGUCCGACAGAGGUGCAGCCUAAAAGCACAUAAGGCUUGACAAUGAUGUCUUUCUCAAAUGAAAAUCCUUAAAUUUGAUAAUGCACUUACACUAAAAUAAAAUGUACUUCCAAAAACAAACACUCCCCUCAUCUUGUGUGUGCUGCUGCCAGCCACUGUGCUCUGUGCUGACUCAGAACAUCCUUAUAUUCCUGCACAGCUUCUGCAAAAGGCAGGAAAUGCCAGGGCUGUAAUCCAGUUUUCAUGAGCAAAUUGAUGCAAACAAAAUGGUGUCCUGAACUGUGAAAGGCAGAUUAGAGCACAGGGUCUUUUGUUUGUGUAGAUGGAAUAUUUCAAGGGAUACUCCCAGGACUGGGCUCCCUACUGCAGACACCUCAGUGAUGGAGUUGUGUGAAGUUGACUAGAAGCUUUCCGAGACAAGCUCAAGAUGGUGAAAUGCUGGUAAUUCCAGGUAAACCUCGACAAAGGCAAUGUUUCCUCCAUUACCUGUGGCUGUUUGAAAGUUGGCAGCUUUUCCUAAUUCUGCUCUGUAGCAGACGCUGGGGAUGGCACUGAGGAUGUGUGUUGGAUUUGUGUAACCAAAAUGCAAAGCGGUCUGUUUUGAGACUUGGUCAUUCCCCCCAGGUUCUGAGAUACAAUGUGCAAGUGAGGCAGCAAAUACUUCAAUGUAAGAGUGUCACAUUGUAAUUAGAGACUAUGUAACAUAGGACCAGUAUUUAAAAGGGAAAACAAUUACAUAGGAAAACUACAGACUCAUGGUCUUACCUGUCAGUCUCUGCUAAAGGCAGGGUAAGAGUGGAAUAUCAGCAAAGGGACCCUGAAAAAUAAUAGAUGGGCUAUUAUAUCCUAAGAUAUCCUAAGAGAAGGAUAAAAUGGGUUGGGCUGGAAGAGGCCUUAAAUUCUUGUUCCAACCCCCCUGCCAGGGGGACAGGACACAUCCACUAGACAGUGUUUUUCAUGUUGACCAUGGCUAAUUCACUCUCUUACAUGAAAUAAAGGCAAUGACAAAAGGAAAAUAAUUGAGGUAUUAGUCAGCUGAGCUUUGAAUAAGGAAAAAUUACCAGCUCACUCCACUGCAGGGAACAAUUUAGCAGUAGUGUUUGCAAAAUGGUUUAUUAUUAUUAAGUAGGUUUAGAGGUGUUUCUACAGGAAGAACUGAUGAGCUGACCAUAAUAUGAGAUUAUUUAAAAUUGCAGCUAUAGUCUUCUAUGGAAUGUUGUUGAGGGAAUUUGGAUUAUGAUGAACAUUACUGCUGUAACAUUGUGGAGUGUUAAUCAUGAGCAACCUGGUCUAGUGGGAGGUGGCCCUGCCCAUGGCAGAGGGAAUUGGAUGAUCCUUGAUGUCUCUUGCAACGCAAAGCCUUCUGUGACUCUAUGAGCAAGCUACAGAUGUGCACCUUUGGAAUGUCAGCUGCCUUCUGAGUAGGCUCCAAUUGAUGCAGAAUGUUUUAGGUUAGUAUUAAUGCUUGCAAAUUAAUUUUCUGCAGCUACAUAAGAAAAAUUAUGUAGUCAAACAUUCUUGAUUUAACUUUCUCUUGGUU